AUGGAGGAGCUGGCUAGAGAGAGCAUCAGCUUGCUAGCAAAGCCAUCCAGGGAGUCUGAGAUCCCCCAGCUCUCCUCAUCUGGUGCUAUCUUCAUCUUGCUCAAAUCUGCCCUUGGAGCAGGACUCCUGAAUUUCCCCUGGGCCUUCAACAAAGCUGGUGGAAUGGCCCCAGCGAUCUCCGUGGAACUAGGAUCUUUGAUAUUCCUCAUUAGCGGCUUAGUAAUCUUGGGUUAUGCUGCUUCCAUCAGCACCCAGACAACCUACCAAGGUGUGGUGAGAGAAAUCUGUGGGUCAGCUGUGGGCAAGCUUUGCGAAGUCUGCUUCAUCUUGAACCUCUUCAUGAUCUCCGUGGCCUUCCUCAGAGUUAUGGGAGACCAACUAGAAAAAUUAUGUGACUCUUUCUCCAUCAACAAAACCCAGAAUGGAGACACUUUUCACCAGCCGUGGUUUAUCGACCAACGUUUCACCUUGUCCACCUUGUGCCUCCUGGUUAUUUUCCCACUCUCCAUCCCAAGACAAAUUGGUUUCCAAAAAUAUACAAGUAUCCUUGGUACUUUAGCCGCCUGCUACCUGAUGCUGGUCAUUGUGCUGAAAUAUUAUCUCCAAACCGAUCAUGCUGUAAAGCAGGAGCAUCUCCAUUCUGCUAGCUCUUGGGCCUCCAUGUUCAGCGUUGUUCCAACCAUCUGUUUCGGAUUUCAGUGUCACGAAGCCUGUGUGGCCAUCUACUGCAGCCUGAGGGAUAAGAGGCUGUCCCACUGGGUGGUGGUUUCUGUGGUGUCCAUGCUCUUCUGCUUAUUGAUAUACUCCCUGACAGGUUUGUACGGCUACUUAACAUUUGGAGUGGAUGUAGCAUCUGAUAUCCUCAUGUCCUACCCUGGAAAUGAUGUGAUGGUUAUUGUAGCCCGGCUGUUGUUUGGCAUCUCCAUUAUCACCAUCUACCCCAUUGUCCUUUUUCUAGGAAGGUCCGUCCUCCAAGAUGCGUGCCUCGGCUCCAAGCAGAGCUGCAUCCAGAGGGAGACCAGCGAGAAAUGUAUGCGAAUUUUGCUGACCACCGCCUGGGUGGUAGUCACCCUCAUCAUUGCCCUGUGUGUACCUGACAUCAGUGAGGUGGUCAGCGUCAUUGGAGGCAUUGGUGCCUUCUUCAUCUUCAUUUUCCCAGGGCUGUGUUUGGUGUUUGCCAUGGAGACGGAGUCCUUCAGGCCAAGAACCAAGUCCUGCCUAAUUGUCUGGGGAAUCAUCACCAUCCUUUGUGGCGCUUUCAUCUUUGGGCAAAGCACAGCAUCUGCCAUCAUGGUCCUAUUGCACAAACUCUAG